AUGGCGUCUCGUAAAGGAAACCCCCCUUCCCCCAGCACCGACGUUUGUCCUGUCUGCAAAACGAUGCGCUACCUUAACCGAGACCUCGAGUUUCUGAUCAAUCCCGAAUGCUAUCAUCCUAUGUGCGCCAACUGCGUUGCUCGUCUAUUCGCCGAUGGCCCUGCACAAUGCCCGUACGCUGGGUGCACGAAAACACUCCGAAAAAAGGCGUUCAAAGCGGCAUGGUUCGGCGACCUGACCGUUGAACGCGAAGUCGAUGUUCGCCGCCGUGUCCACGCUGUAUUUAACAAGGAAGAGCCCGACUUUGAGUCUCUCGAAGACUUUAAUGCAUAUCUCGAGCAAGUAGAGUCUUUGACGUUCGACUUGCUCAAUGGACAACCAAACGAGAAGGCACGUGCGGAAGCACAACUACAGGACUGGGAGGCGCAACACAAGAGCGAGAUUGAAGAACGCAGGCGCCUAGCCAAGGAAUCAGAGGCUCAACGGACCAGCCGCGAGCGCGAAGAAAAGGAAGCGGCCCGUCGCCGCAGGCUGGAAGCCGCACGCGAAGAUGCAGAAGAGAAGGCGCGGGAGGCGCGCGCUAGAGAAGAUGUCCUAGACGGCCUCGCCAGCGGAAACAUCGGGCAAGCUCGCGCAACAAUGGAGAAGAUUGUCCUCAAGAAGCGAGGUCAGGGCAGACUGGAUGCAGCUCGUUCGUCUCUCACGGAUGCAACCUCAGCCAUGUCGAUUCGUGGUCUCAAGAAGAAGGAGAAGCCCGUUUACGUCGAUGAAGGGCCUUACGAUCCAUUUGGAGGCAUGAAUCUUUCUUUGCAACGAUACGAAUUAGGCCCGCUCGACGACUACAGCAACGAUUGGGUUGACGCAGCACGCAUGAGAAGUGACAUUGUCGUCGGCGGGUACAGUGCUGAAGAGUAUUUGACACGAGCCAUGUUCGAGGCUUUCUCAGGGCUAGGUGUCUUCAUUGAGGAUGAAAAGGGCGCAGAAGAUUUGGCGACGACAGAGGCAGCGCAGGUGGCCGCCUCAGGACAGACAUCACAGAAGAUGGAUGUGGAUGCCUAUUAA